UUCAGCUACACGGGGUCGCUGCGGCCGUACCGCGUGUCGCCGCGGCGGCCGGUCGCCGAGGGGAUCCUGCUGCCGGACUACGCCGCCGACGGCGACCCGCGCGCCGAGCAGGCUGCCCCCGCGAGGUCGACUCCCCCGGUGGUGAGCGCGGCGCAGGCGGAGAAGCUGAGGGCUGUGUGCCGGAUGGGGAGGGAGAUCGUGGACGCGGCGCACCGGGUCAUCAAGCCGGGAGUGACGACGGACGAGAUCGACCGCGUCGUGCACGACAAGCACAUGGAACCCCGCGCCUACCCCGCGCCGCUCAACUACCACAACUUCCCAAAGUCGGUCUGCACCUCGGUCAACGAGGUGGUGUGCCACGCAGGCAUCCCCGACAUGAGACAACUCGAGGACGGCGACAUCGUCAACAUCGACGUGUCGCCGAUCUUCGACGGCGGCCCCCGCAGCCUCGGCGCACAACGGCUGCGGCGAGACACGCGCGUGCAGACUCUCUCCAGCGACGCGCCGCCCGCUCACUCGGGAAGGAGCGUGUCUCAGGCGAUCGACGCCUGCAAGCCGGGUUUCUUCUACCGCGACGUCGGCGGCAUCAUCACCAGCCACAUCAACGGCUGCGGAUUUGCGGUCGACAAGACCUACUGCGGCCACGGCGUGGGCGAGUACUUUCACUGCGCGCCAAACAUCCCGCACUACGCGGGCAACAAGGCCAAGUUCGUGAUGAAGGUCGGCCAUUGCUUCACCAUCGAGCCGAUGAUCAACACGGGGACGUGGAAGGACGUCCACUGGGCCGACGGCUGGACCGCCGUCACCAAGGAUGGCAAGCCGAGCGCGCAGUUCGAGCACCAGCUGCUGAUGCACGAGUCGGGCGCAGAGAUACUGACCGCGCGCUUGCCAACCUCGCCGCCGCUCUGGUGGGAG